CUGAAUCGUGGAAACGACAAGUUGUCAAUUGUGUCAAAGUCUAGCAAUCUUUCGAGGUUUCGCUGCAACGUAUUCUCAACGCAGAAAUAAAUUCAAGACCAAGAAUACCUCUUGUGUAAAAUCGCCCAAAGUACUUACACCGAAAAUGUCUCUGCUUCCGUUGCUGUUCUCCAACUGGUGGGAAGACCUGGACGAGCCUCACAGUCUCCUGGACCAACACUUCGGCCAAGGACUCCGUCCCGAUCAGCUAGCACAUCCGAGCUACGUGUCUCCGUUGCACAGACGUCCGCUGAGUGUCUACUACAGACCAUGGGGAGAUCUGUUGCGCCACAACGAGCGAGGAUCAUCCGUCGUAAAAGCCGACAAAAAUCAAUUCAAGGUCAGCCUGGAUGUGCAGCAAUUCAAACCGGACGAGAUAAACGUAAAAGUGGCCGACAAGUGCGUAGUGAUCCAGGGAAAGCAUGAGGAGAAACGCGACGAACACGGAUGGAUAUCUCGUCAAUUUGAACGCAGAUAUCUGAUCCCUGACCAGUGCAACAUCGACGAAGUAUCGUCUACCUUGUCCUCUGACGGGGUCUUGACCAUCACCGCGCCCAGGAAGGAGCAGCCGAAGAUCGAGGGUGAAAAGCCGAUCAAAAUUCAGCACACUGGAAAACCUGCUGUGAAGGAUAUCGCGAGCAACGGACCACCAGCUGCAUCGAUCGAAAAUACGGCCGAGAAAACCGAAUCUAAAUAAAACUGCUGACAAAUAAGACUGCACAUUUUACGUUAUAUUCGAUGCAUAAAUCUAUAAACUCCUAAUUCUUGUUUUUCUUCCAUGAUAUAUUUCAUGUUAUUCAAUAUUAUUCGUGUUAUAUUAAGUAUUAACUAUAAUGGUCAUUGAUUUUAUAAAUAUAUAAAUUAAGAAUGGAUAUUUGUAUGUACUAUCGCGUAGCACAUCAUGUAACUACACGAGAAUUAUGUAUUUCUCUCGACUGAAAUGAUGUUUAUUGUAUAAUAAAGAAAAGUAAUUAUUUACAAUAGUA